AUGUCCAGAGAAACCCCUAGACGGUCCGUUGACUCGGCAUCAUCUAGCUGCAAGAGGAGGAAGCGGCAAGGAGGGAAGAGCAAGGAUAGUGGAACAAGUGAUCCUUUUCUGGACAUGUUACAUGAAGUCCAAGGUGAUCUGAAGGGUGUGGCUAGUAAUGUUGGAAAAAUGGCAGAAGCAAUGGACCAUGAGGCUGCAAUUCAAGAGAAGGUGAUCAAUGAAAAUCCACAACAGAUUUUAAGGGAGAAGGCUGUAGCAGAGUUGCGCAAGCUGGGGUUUACUGGGACAGAACAAAUCAAAGAUGCUACAGUAUUUGUGAAAUCACCAGAUCAAAUGAGUAUGCUGCUAACCCUUGACCAGUCUUUGAGGAGGGAGUUCAUUCUAAACAUGCUUAACGAGGAGGAGACAAGGAAGCGGAUAGAAGGAGGAAGAUAA